UACAACCUGGCGGGCGAGAGCCUUAUGAGCUUCCAGCAGGUCAGCCAGAUUCACCAGCACUUGUGUGCGUUCCACGUCUACAGCCAUGACCACUCCCGCCACGUCGAGUCACACCACCUGUGCUCGCACCUCCGGCCGGACUUCCAUCAGUGCAUCAUAUAUGACUCUGAGAAGCCCGACGCGAGGUUGAUUGGGAUUGAAUAUAUUGUAUCUGAGGCGACGUUCAAGACGCUCCCAUCCGAGGAGCAGGCGUAUUGGCAUUCGCACAAGUAUGAGGUUGAGAGUGGUUUGCUUCAACUCGUACCGAAGAGUUUGGUACCCAACGCUGUUACCGACGCUGCUGAACAGCCCGCCAUGCUCGAGCUGCAGAAGACGUACGGCAAGACGAUCCACACCUGGGCGUACGACAAGCACCCCGAUCUCCCGCUCGGCCCGCCGAACCUCAUGAUGUCCUACACGGCCGACGGCCAGGUCGACGAGGCGAUGGUUGCGGAUCGCGACAAGCGCCACGGCUUGUCGACCAAGGACAAGCGCAAGACCAGGGAAGGGUACUUG